AGAAAUAGAUAUACAUAUAUAUUGGCAGGGCGAGCUUCUGUUUCAUCUUCCAUGACCUGGUAUCUAGCGUAGAUAAAGAUCAGCAACCGGCGCAGAUGUGGAGGUUAGUGCUCUGUGUGUCCAGGCGUACAGUACUUUCCUUUUGCUGGAGUUACCGGCUAACUUUUAUUUUCUUGCAAAGCGAAAAUAGCAAUUUAGCCUGGGGGCUUCCAGACUACUAAUAAGGGGCACAAAAUUUUGCUUAGCUAUUAGACCUUGCCAGACCUGAAGAUUUUUGUUCUUAAACUGUGCAUCGGUUUGCCACCCUGAGCUCUUUCGGGAGGAAGGGCGGGAUAUAAAUGAAAUAAUCAUAAUAAAUAUUUGCCUCCUUGUGAAACGGGUUUAUUUUUGCAUGCUUCCCUAAUUUUUUCAUAUUUCUUAUUCUUACCAACUUGGAAUUGAAUUAUUCUUAUUAUUAUGUUUGCUGUUAAUAUCAUUAAUAUUAAUAAUCUAGCUCUGAAUAAUAUGUAUUCUUUAAUUCAAUGCACAUUUAUUUGGUAGCAAGUCAAAGAACAGCCUAUUGGAAUGUGAGUACAUAUUUCUACAUGUGCCUUUUGAUCUUCAAUAAAUCUAUGUAUGAGAACUUUGUGGAGUUUUGUUGACUGCCAUCUAGAUUAAGAGAGAAGUCUCAGGACAGAAUAAAGUCAGUUGGCUGAAGCCACUCUCCGGGCAGUAAAUGUCAUUGGACUUACUCCUGAGUAAACUUACUUAGCAUUGUGUUGUUGCUUCUGAGAAAGGAUGCAUAGGAUUGUAAGUCUCUCACCUCUCUGUGUUGUGUGCUUAUAUUGUACCACUGUGUUUUGAGUGAGUGGAAUUUAAAAGAAAUUGUGUCAUGGGUUUUAAAAAAAAACCAUGUUCUGUACUGGAAAUUCAGAACAGAUUCACACCUUGCUAACCCUAUGCAAAACACAUCACAAAUAACUUGAUUUCUAUUAAUAUUAGAAAGUCACCUUUGCUGUACUUUUUCUGAUGCCUGCUAAAAAACCUUGUUUGUAAGCCUACCCAAACAUGUAAUUUUAUCAUGUAUGUUUUUAAAACUGUUGGUUUUAUCAACAUUUUGAUUAUUAUUUCUAUUUAUUUUUUUAAGGUCCGUUGAUUUUAUCAGUAUAUUCUUAUGAAUAUUUUAUAUUAUUUUAUGUAAAGUACUUAGAGGUUUCCCAGAUGAAGCAGUAUAUAAAUCUUGUUAAAUAAAACAAGUAAAUAAACUUGGGACACCCCUUUUCUGUAUUAAGCCUAUUGUUGAACCCACUGUAUGGGCUUCUGAUUCCCAUGCAAGUGUGCAAAGGAGUGCACAAGUAGCCUUGGACUGUAUAAAAUGGGAUAAAAUAGACUAAUAAAAAUUCUAAAAAGUGUAACUUUCUUCAUGUACUAAAAUGUGCUUAUAUAAAAGAUUGUCCAGUAACAUGUACAAGGAGUAAUACAAUGAUUAUAGUAGUUCUUCUUAGUUGGUUUAAAAACAAAAUGAUCAUACAGAGUCCUCCUUGUUUGACUUAGUAUAUCUACUACUUCUUUUCUGGAAGAAACAUUCAAAAAUUCAGAUUCUAAAAUGAAUUUUCAGCGUGGUAUCUUGGUUUACAAUUAAGUGUGGCUAUGUGAAGCAGGCAGUAAUUGCAGAAGAUGAGCCCUUCAAAUUCAGACCAAUUGUGUAGGUACUGGUAUGCAUGCAAAAGGUUCAAUCUUCAACCCCUUCCAUCUCCAGGUGGGGCUAGGAAAGAUUCCCUGCUUGAAACCCUGGAGCCUGUAGAGCUGUGGCCGGUUAGUGUAGACAGUAGUGAGCUAGAAGGCUAGAAAAUUAAUAAUAAUUAGAAUAAUACAUUCAUGAUUUGUUAAACAUAUUAGUCGCUUGUUACCUAAAAGGUUUCCUAGUGGCUUGCAUUUAAAAAAUGCAAAUAAUGACUUGAAAUGGAAUCCUUGUUUACAGACACUAGCCUUCGGCCUUCGUGUUUCUCAUCUGUUGCAAAUAACUCAAGAUUACAGCUGCAAUCCUGUGUAUUUACAGGAAGAGUAGCUCAACUGGUGGAGCGUAAGACUUAAUAUCAGGGCCAUUGGCAAAAGAUCCUGCAUUGCAGAGGGGUGGACUACAUGAUCCUUGCGGUCCCUUCUAAUUCUGCAAUGCUAUGCAUACUUACUUGGGAGUAAAUCUCAUUAAACUGAGUAGGUAAGCAUAGGAUUGCAUUGCACAAUAAAGUGAGUUCCCUUCUGACAAGACAGUCAUCUGGGGGCGUCUCCGUGACACAACUUUGCUAAUUGGAACUUGCAUUGCUUGACUUUUUCACCUCUCUUUUUAGUGCUCAGAUUCUGCUGGUCUGCCUUUCUAUGUAUCUAGCUCUGUAUACGGCCUGUUUCCAAUGAUAAUAAAUUAGCUGGAGAUUUGGUCUCAAAUCAUUUUUGUGUAAAUUAUUUAUCAAGGGAAAGGUUUAAUUUCUUCUAGAUUACAAAACAACUGCACACUACUUGGAACAGUUCCUAAGGUCUAGCCAUCCCAAAUGCUAGAGCAGGGACAGUCAAUGAGCUGCCUUCCAGUUACUGAGGACUACAACUCCCAUCAGCCCCAAACAGCAUGGGCAGUGGUUAGGGAUUAUGGGAGUUGGAGUCCACAAUAUAGUUUGCCCCCUGGGCUAGAGCACGUCCACUAGGAUGGUGAUGGGGUUUGGACCGCAAACCCUGUGAGGGAUGGUUGAAAGAGUUGGCCAUGUUACCUGGAGGAGGUAAGCUAAGGGGAGAGCUGACAGUUGACUACAGAAGAUGGAACAAACCUGUUCUACAUCCCAUGGGUGGAAAUGGUAGGCAAGCAGGUUUCAGCUAGGAGAAAUUUUCUAACAGUAAGAUCUUUUCAAUAGUGGAAAAUGCUGCCUCUUUUGCUGCAGGUAUUUAAGCAGAGGCUGGAUGGGCAUCUUGCAGGAAUGCUGUAGAUUAUUACACUGAGCUGUGGAUUGGACUUGAUGACCUUCAGGGGCCUUCUACCUCUAAAAUCCCCUGAUUUUAUGAUUUCCUUGGAUGAAGAGUUUGAUCAAAUUCCAGCUGUCUUUUUUUGUUCCUGGUUCUCUCUGUUUGUGUGUACUGUACUGUAUGUUUCCCACCAUGGGGCAUCAGGUGGCUUCUUUGGGUGGACGAGCAAUUUAGGUCAGGAACUUGACAUGAGGAAAGAAUUGAAUGUCUUCAUGCAGCAUAGUGGCCUCGAUUUUGCACCCCUCCCACUUUUAAGCUAUUUUUGAAAGCAUAGGAGAUCUUCUGAAGGCUUAGCUCCUUCGGUCCUUAAAGGGCAACAUCAUGUCUCUGACUUUUGGCCCAAAGCAGUUUAUUACAUUUAUUAUUCUGUCUCCUUUAAUGUCCUGCAUGUUGAGUUUACGGACUGACUAGUGUUGGAAACAUAUUGCCGGAUUAAAGGGGACAUUCUUCUGAUCCAGGUUGGCCCAUCAAAUGUUAGUUGAAGAAUAGCCAAUGUGGUGCCUCCAGAUGUUGUUGGACUCCAACUCCCAUCAUUUCUGACCAUUGGCUGUAAUGGCUGGGGCUGAUGGGAGUUGGAGUCUAACAAUAUCAGGAGAGUGCCAUGUUGAUUAGCCUUGCCUUAGUCCGUUUUGCUGCAAAUUAACACUGUUUCCUCCUUGGGAAUCUGUGUGCCAAGGGGUGGGGAAAUAGCUUAGUGGCAGAGCAUCUUCUUUGCAUGCAGAAGGUCUCAGGUUCAGUCCCCAGCAUCUCCAGGUAGGAUUGGGAAUGGGGAAGACUCCCGUUGCUGCUGCCAGUCAGUGUUGAACAAGCAAUACUGAGCUACACAGCAUAAGGCAGCUUCCCUUGCUCCUAUCCACGUACCACAAGUAAGGAUGAGUGUAGAUAUCAGUUGUUUGAUAUCUGUAGAUGAACAUUGUUCUAUUGAAGACCUAUUCAGAGCUUGAAUUUGGUGCCUUCUGAUAAACUAGUGGGGAUUUAGAUCUCAUGUUUACUAAGUAAGGCCAAACUCAACUUGGGCUGAACAAGAUUUUUUUGGGGGGGGGGAGUGUAAUGUCUUUGUCUUAAAUUUUACAAUUGUUUGCUUCACACUGUUUUCCUGUUUAAAAUAUUGUCACUCUGCUCAGAGUCUCUAGGAAGGGCAGAAUCAACAUUUAAAUGAGCAAAUCCAGCAUUAUUUUAAUUACUUGUGCUUUACAUUAAGCUGUCAUUGUGUUACAUCCCCCAGACUCUCCCUUUCAUUCUCCGGUUUGCAACCUGAUUACUUCCUCAGUCUCUUAAAUUCUUAGUUCUCAGACUUGUAACUACAUCACUGUUUUAGGACAUGAUCUUAUGCACUCUUAUCUGAAGAAAAGCUCUACUGAAAUAAUUCAGGCUUACUUCUGAGUAAACGUUCAUAGGAUGGGAUGGGGUGUGUGUGCUGAACCAUGUUGGUGUCUGGCCAUGUUGGAUUUCCAUAGGUGGCAAAUGCAGCCGAUGGUUAGAUUGACUAAUUGACUGGAGAGGUUCCUAAUAAAAGCUAUUCAAAUGCUUCCAUUCAGGAUGUGCGAUCGAAACGGUGGGAGACGGCUCAGGCAAUGGCUGAUUGAACAAAUUGAUAGCGGGAUGUAUUCUGGCCUGAUCUGGGAGAAUGAUGAGAAAACCAUGUUCCGUAUCCCAUGGAAACACGCAGGGAAGCAGGAUUACAACCAGGAGGUGGAUGCAUCCAUAUUCAAGGUCUGAAGAAUAUGCCUUACAUCAAUGUUGCAAAUGUCAAAUCUGUUUAUUUUCCUGAGUUCCUUAGUAGUUGAUACUUUCUAUACCUUUAUAAAAGCGAACAACAACUUUUCAAGUCACAACUCUUGAGGUUUCUGUAAGUCUUUUGGAGGGUGCAGUUUCACAAUCUGAAGUCCACAUGGGCUUGUCCUCUAUAUUAAGAACAUAAGAAGAGCUUAGUUGGAUCAGACCAUAGGCCCAUUCAGUCUAGCAUCCUGUUCUCACAGGGCAAACCUCUGGGAAGCCCACAAGUACAUCAACACUCUCCCCACUUGUGAUUCCCAGCAACUGUUACUCAGAAACAUGGUGCUUCUGACAGGAACUCAUAGGAUUGUAGAGUUGGAAGGAAUCCUGAGGGUAUGAUAGCCAUUUUCAAAUAUCUAAAGGGCUUUCACAUGGAAGAUGGAGCAAUCUUGUUUUCUCCUGCUCCAGAGGGUAGGACCCAAACCAAUGGCCUCGAGUUAUAAGACAGGAGAUUCCAACUAAACUGCAGGGAGAACUUUCUGAUGGUAAGAUCUAUUUGACAGUGGAAAGGACUUCCUCAGAAGGUGGUGGUGGGCUCUCCUUCAUUGGAGGCUUUUAAGCAGAGGUUAGAUGGCCACCUGUCAUAGAUGCAUUAGUUGAGAUUCCUGCAUUUCAGGAUUUGGACUAGAUGGCCAUCAUGGCCAGUAGCCAUGGAUAACUUUAUCCUUCUUGAGUUGGUCAAAUCCCCCUUUAAAGCCAUCCAAGGUGGUGGUCAUCACUACCUUUAAUGGGAGCAAAUUGUGUCAUAUGUGAAGAAGUCCUUCCUGUUGUCUUCCUGUAUUCAGCUUCAUGGAUGACUCUGGGUUCUAAUAUUAUGAGAGAGGGAAACACUUUCUCCAAAACACGCAUAAUUCUACGCACUUAUAUCAUGUCCCGCCUCUACUACGAACUAAAAACUAACAUUUUGAAGUUGUCCAAGCCUCUUGGUCACUUUGGUUGACCUUCCAUGGCUUAUUCCCUGUAGUUUUUGUAGUCUUAAGUUUCUUUUAAAAACCACCUAAUAAAAAGAGCUUCUUACUACACUUUACUGAAGCUUCGUUUAUUUCAGGUAAUUAUUUUUAUGCUUCCCUUCAAACUAUAGCUUUCCCAAGGCAUUUUACAUUACUAUGAAAAUACUCUGUUUUAUUUAAAACAAAUAUUAAAAUGUACAGUUUGAAUCGUAAUGAAAUAGCCAGUUUAAAAAAUGCUCAAAAUAAUAAAAAUCAGUAAGAACAAACUGGAAUGCCCAUUGAGGCACUUGAAUGGCAGGGAUGGUCUUGCUUAGAGAUUGUUCUCAGUGAAAGUCCACUGAUUUCCCCCCCCCUCCAUUUGGAACCUCAGAAAGCAGUGGUACCUCUUUGUGAGAAACUUUCCUGCUUAUCCUCUAGGCUUGGGCAGUCUUCAAAGGGAAAUUCAAGGAAGGUGAUAAAGCUGAACCAGCCACAUGGAAGACAAGGUUACGCUGUGCCUUGAAUAAGAGCCCCGACUUUGAGGAAGUGACGGACAGGUCACAACUGGACAUCUCAGAGCCAUAUAAGGUCUACCGCAUUGUUCCAGAGGAAGAACAGAAAUGUAAGUGUAACGGAACCAAGCAGGAUCUCAUGGUGUAGCUCACAGUAGAUUCUGCUUCAGACCACAGGCAAGAGAUGAUUUGUUUAAAGACACAUACAAAGUUUCUUCAUAUCUAUUGUACAGCAAGCCCCAAAUAUCUAUAUGUUUUGAACAAACUGAGGGGCUGUUCUUCAGGAGAAAAUGAAUUUUGGGAGGAAAUACAGUGUGAAAACAUUUUUUGUGUUUUAAAACUACUUUAUAUUUAUUUUAUAAAGAAAACGGAGAUGUAAAUUUCCUAAUAAAUCAAUUUCUUCUCCUGAUUCUAUAGUUACUUAAUCAUCUUCAUCGUAGAGAUUUGCAAACAGAAAUAUUAUCUACGUGAAUUCAAAAGUUGCAAACCACUUUGAAACUGAAGUAAAAGACUGAUUGUGAGUUGAAUGCACCGCAGGAUUGUGUCCGCUGCUGCCCCCCUUUGCAUGUACGCCAUAACCUGCAGUAGAAUCUGCACGUGCAUGAACUGUUUGCAUGCAGGGAUGCAGACUGUGUCUAUUUACUGGUUCCCAGUUGCAUGCAGAGUGUGUUCACAUGUAGGCUCUCUUGGAAGUUAUGAAUGCAUGCAUGUGGUGCAGCUAGUGUGCAUGAUCUUGCUCCCCCUUGAACACACAUUAACCACCAGUCCUCAUGUGUAAUGUCCUGCAGUUGCCAUGACAGCUGGUCAUUCAUCAGUUAUUCUGUCUAGGUAAUAUCCAAGAACAAUGCAUAAGAACAUGGGAGAAGCUGCCUUAUGCUGAGUCCAUCUAGCUCAGUGUUGUCUACACUGAUUGGCAGAGGCUCUCCAGGAUUUCAGAAAUUACAUUCCCAAUCUUUCUUGGAGAUGUCAGAGAUUGAACCUGUGACCUUCUGUAUGCAAAGCAGGUUUUGUACCCCCAAAGUACAAGGGAGCUUCUCUUCGAGAAAAGCUCUCAUGGGAGAUGGAGCUUACUGCACACCAGGAUUUGAUUUACACACAAGUAAAAGAAAUUCAUCAAGGUGCUUUUUCCCUCUUAUGGCGUCCCCCCACUCCCUUGACUGAUGUAGCUUUCUUUGAAAACCACACCACAUUACUAUGUGUCUUGCAUUCCGCGAAGUCUCCAUUCGUAUCAAAUCCCAGUGUCAAAGGCGCUGUGAGAAAGCUUUUACGGCACCUUUUAUUGUUAGCUCAGCCUCAGCACCCACACCCCAGUGCUCGGUUUGCAAAGCCCCAGAUGUCAAGAAUAAGAAUACAGAGCAACAACUCCCCGCAUUUGCCCUUUGCCGGAGUAAAGCAGAGCUGUGCAUUUGUGGUUACGGUAACAGAACACAGAACGUCUGUCUUUGAAAUGUCCGGUAUUACACGAGCCUCGCUCUGUUUUAUUUUUAUCUGUGGUUUUUGGUGUGUGGUGACUUUUCAAGCAUACAGAAUUGAGCUGUCAAGAAAUCACCCCCCCCAUAAGGCUGCAAGGCUUAAUGCUCAUGCAAACGGCUUGCAGUUUUUCUGGAAAACUGUCCAUUGUCUACUAAGUCCACUCACUUUUUUCGGUGGGCAGUGUUGUGGCCAGGUAUCCAGGCCCCUGCAGUGAUCCGGCAUGAGGAUGGGGAGUCGAUGCCCCCUUGUGCCGACCUGGCCGUGUCACUGGCCCAUUGUGGCCCCGCUGGCCAAUCAGUGCCGGUAGAGGGACGUGGCCGUGGGAAAUUAAAACGUGGCACGGCCGCCCCCCCCACUUUUUCACCAGAUCUCCAAACCCACCUGCCCUCUUUUCAUGCUUUGCUCUGACACGACCUGGCUAUGGACAAAUGUCGGCCGCCAUAUUGUUGGGGCCAGAUAGGAUUUUUUUCCACUUGGCAAAUUGGUUUUCGCCUACCUUGUAGCAAUCGUCACAACUUUGUGAGGUUAGGCAUUGGGUAAGACUUUGUUUGGAUGGAGGAGAGGUUGUAGCCUCUGCCUGCCUCUCCUCAUUAAGGGUAUCCUGUUAAAGGGAUCCGCAGGUGUGGAUCCUGUCUGAUGCCUGGACGUGGGCUAGGGCCAUGCCAUGACCCCAAUGUGGACCCCUAGGGUUGCCCCUAUUUGACGUAAGUCAGGCAUAAGCAAACUCGCCCCUCCAGAUGUUUUGGGACUACAACUCCCAUCACCCCUAGCUAACAGGACCAGUGAUCAGGGAUGAUAGGAAGUUGUAGUCCCAAAACAUCUGGAGGGCUGAGUCUGCCUAUGCCUGACGUAAGUCAUAGGGCUCUCCUUAUUGGUGGUUUACUCUUAGUUGGACUCCCUGCAGAUAGGUGGAAGUUGAGAUAUAGCCUGGCUUCACCCAAUGCCUAAGCCAAACUGCUCACAUCUGUAACCAAUAAAAUUGUGGCUUUUUGGAACCCAUAAACCUAAAUACUCGUGUCUGUGUGUUUAUUAGCCACUAGGGGACUACGAGUCACAGGGGUCUUGGAAUACAAACAACCUGGAUCGCAGGGUAUCGUCAAACAGUUUUCAGAUUAUUUGGGGUGGAAAGUCAAAUGGCCCUUACUGAAAUACCUAAAACCCUCUUGCAGAGGGCCAAACUGCAUGCCAAAGUUGCCACUCUUUUAGAAUAGUUUGUAAUGGUAUUCAAACUGUGUUUCUUCCCAGGCAAAAUGGGGAUGGGGAAUGGGUGCAGCUUGAGUGAAGUAACGGAAAUGGAGUGCAGUGCUUCUGCAAUAGAUGACUUGAUGAAAGAGGUAAUUAACACCCCCUUUGCACUUGCUAAUAUAUCACUUUAUUUCUUCAUACUUUUUUUUUUUUUUUGAAGGGUCACAUGUACAGUAUAUGUGUUUUUGUAUGCAUUAGUUGGCAUUACAAAAAGGCUGGUGGUGCUUCAGUUAAUGUAAUGCUUUGGAAAGUGCAGAUUUUGUAAGUUCACAUUUAAAUGUGAAAUGAAUCGAAUUUCUCCUCUAUCCUUCUCCACACAUGCUCAUUCCAUGCACACCUUUGCCCUCGAGUGUCCAGGCUGUAUGGCUGAGGAGGGCUUAUGUGUAUUCCCAUAGCGGAUGAUGGUGUUAAAUUCCCUUCAUUCCAUCCCCUUUCACUCCACCGAGAAUGAAAUUCACUGUACCAUUUCAAAUUUUCAUUUGUUUUAUUUAUUUAGAAAGCUUCAUAUAUUGUUUAAUUAAAAACAAACAAACCUGUAAGCUGUUUACAUAAAUAAGUUAAUAAAAUAUUCAUUUUUUAAAAAAUAGCAAAUAAAUACAUUAAAAACAUGGUGGAUGAAGUAAUCAGAAUAUAGAUAAAAGGAAUGGUUUUCAAAACAAACACACAUAAUAAAAUCAAAUGUCUUUGUAGGCUUGCCUAAACAAAAAAGCCAUAUCAGGCAAAGAAAGUAGGACAAUAAAGGGCCUUUCCUAAUAUCAAUAGGCUGGGAGUUCCUAGGAAUACCUGCUGCCGCCACAUUACAAUAUUGAUUUCUUGCCAGCGCAGAUCAAACAUUAUGUGGCACUUAUAAAAGUGCAAGUUCUGCAGAUUGAAAUGUGCACAUAUUGGGUAGCUAUAGCAUCCUAUUGAGCAUGAAAUGGGAACUAUGGUCAAUGGAUUCCAAACAAGGCCAGAAUUUGGAAGCCACCUUUAAAACACGGUUUGGCCCUUCUUCUUCUUUGCUUAUGUAGUGAUGCAGAAGUAAGGAAGGGCUUUAACUCAGCAGCAGAGCAUCUGCAUCGCACAUAGAGAAGCUUUCAGGUUCAGUUCCCAGGACCCCCAGAUAGGGCUGGAAACUCUGGGGAGUCACUGCCAGUCAGUGUAGGCAAUGUUGAGCUAGGUGGACCGAAUCUCUGAAUCAGUAAAAGGCUGCUUCCUAUGUUCUCACAGUAAAAAACUGCCAGAAAAGCAGUUCUUCAGCUGUAAUGGGGAAAUUGGGCCACUUAUUGCACAGGGGAACAUGCAGCCUUUGUGGGAUAAGAAAUCCUUCCCCCAUCUGGCAUUUGGAUUGUGUGCAAACCACAGUUUCACAACUGUCAAGCUACAAUUUGAUUUGUGUGUGUGUCUACAUUAGGGGUGGUUUAAAAAUUACUGAAACAAUGUUAAGUGCUUUGAAACACACAGUGCUUUUGGGGGACAGUAGUCGGUGGUCUGGGGUACCGUCACUUUUUGUUUUUUUUUACUGCUGGUUUUGCUGCCAUUUUGUGCUGGCAUCCAUGACACUUUUGUCAAGAUGUGAGUACUUGAUAAGAAGCAGCAGCACUGGACACACUGACCUCUUCUCUUCAUAUGUGUAGCCAAGCCGGGGGGGGGCAGGGAGGCAGCUGCUCCCCUAAACCAAGUAAAUAAAUGAAACUAACAGCUCGGUUCUGCACCUCUAACAUAAAGACUGUCCCCCCAACAUAAAUCCUGGCUAUGUCCAUGCUCUUCUCUGUCUGUCUGUCUGUCUGUUUCUCUCUCUCUCUCUCUCUCUCUCUCUCUCUCUCACACACACACACACACACACACACACUUUCCCUCUCUCUGUCCCCCCCCCUCAAAGUCAAAUUCUCUCUGACGCACAUAGAAUUUGUGUGUGUGUAUUUGUAUCUACUAUGUCUUUAUAAGUACAGUGGUGCCCCGCAAGAUGAAUGCCUCGCAAGACGGAAAAACCGCUAGACGAAAGGGUUUUCCGUUUUGAAGUUGCUUCGCAGGACGAAUUCCCCUAUGGGCUUGCUUCGCAAGACGAAAAUACCUUGCGAGUCUUGAGGUUUUUUUCGCUUUUCCCCCUUUAUCUAAUCUGCUAAGCCUUUAAUAGCCUUUAAUAGCCUUUUAGCAGCUAAUCCCUAAGCCUUUAAGCCUUUAAUAGCCGCUAAACCGCUAAUAGCGCUAAUAGCGCUAAUCCGUCAAUGGGCUUGCUUCGCAAGACGAAAAAACUGCUAGACGAAGACUCUCGCGGAACGGAUUAAUUUCGUCUUGCGAGGCACCACUGUAUUACUCUUUAUUUCUGGAGGGGCUCUUGGGAGACAUCUUGUCAUACAAAGCAGCAGAAUAACUCUCAGGAGCAUCACUGCUUUCGGGUUACAUAUACAGUACUUAUAAUGUUAACAUUGCCAUCUCAAUGGUCAUCUUCUAUCUCUCCCCGUCCCCCAUAAACUUUCCAGCCCCCCUCUGCAGUGGAUGAAUACCUUGGCACAAUUAAACGAAGCCCUUCACCGCUUCAGGAUAGUGGAAGAAAUCCACCAAUACCCGACUGGUGGACUCAGCAGUCAAGUCCUGGUAAGGCACCGUUAUGUUCUCAGAAAGUCAAGGUGCUCACAUCAUGGAUACAGUAAACACCAGCAUGUGUAUCUUAAGUUACACGCAGAAGCUAAAUAUAUAAGCCCUUCAGGUGUCCACAUGAAAUUCAUGUCUAUAUGAAAUAUGUUCCAAUGUAGCCAGGACAGUGAGGUCCUCAGAUCAUUCAGUAAUAGGCAGUGGGUAUUUACCCUUCCAGGCUGAAAGUAUAAAUCUCUUAGCAACCAUAAGGGCUCACAAGGUCCACUUUUGUCCUGCCAGUUGUACUACAGAAAUACUUUUAUAAAUAUAAAUACAUAAGCCAUCUUGUUUAGGCAGGCACUGGUUUUAGUGGGCAAAUAAGUAUUUAUCCAAUGCCUCUGUUUUAGCCACUGUUUCUGUUUUGCUUAUAAUGUAAUUUAGAAAAUAAUAAUGUAUUUUUUGGUUGGCUUGUACAGAUGUUAGCUGCCCUAAGUGGUGUGCAGACACCAGAAGGGCAGGAUGUCACUUGUUAUAGAAGUAAAUAAAAUAAACACAUGUACCUUUUCUUUUCUUUUUUUAAACCCACAGCUUUGCCGCUGAUGAGUGGGCUCACUGGCUAUGAAGCAGUUCAUUCAGGUAUGGCGACUCUUCAGCUUCCUCCCUCAGUUAACAUCUGGUACAGUUAGCCUUCGUUUCAUUUUGUUUUCAACUCAAGUUUAUUUUUUUUGGGGGGGGGGUUAAAGAUACCAAGAACUCCUGCUUCCCUGCCCCCAGUAAAAGCAGCCCAUGGUGACAGGCCCCUGUCAGAGCCACUAUAACUUUGUAGCUGAAAUUAGGUGCUUGAGUUUACUAUUUUCAUUCUCCCUCCAGACCCCUUUUCCUUUCAUGUUGUGUCUUUUAAACUGGGGGACAGGCACUGUGUUACCACAGAUAUUUCUGAGCCACUUCAGGAGCUAUUUUCUUUUGCCAAAGAGCAGUAUUAACAAGGCUUUCUAUAAAUAAGUAAAUAAAUUGGCCACAUACAACCCCUUGAUGGGUAAUUGCCACAUAUCUCUUCACAGGCUAUUCCCAGAUGGUGAUCAGCUUCUACUAUGGCGGGAAGCUGGUGGGAAACACAACAACCUCUCGCCCCGAAGGUUGCCGGAUCUCCCUUGGAGAGCUGCCUUAUGCCUUGGAAAGCUUUGAUCAUGUGCGGUUCCCGUCGGCGGACGUGAUCCCAAACGAACGGCAGAGACAGAUCACCAAGAAGCUCUUUGGGCACCUGGAGAGGGGUGUCCUUUUGCAGUCCAACAGGCAGGGCAUUUUCAUCAAGAGGCUGAGCCAGGGCCGGGUCUUCUGGAGCGGGAACACCAUGAUCUACAAGGACCGCCCUAACAAGCUUGACCGAGACGAGGUGGUCAAGAUAUUUGACACCAAUCACUUUCUCAGAGGUACGGGUGGGGGAUGAAUCCGAUUCAUUUCGUGUGUAAAGACGAACCUCCCUAAUUUGCAGUUUCUGAACCAAAACACAAACUGAAACGCAGCCACUCUUCAAAAUUCACACCUCUCCGAAUUUUUGCAGUUCGGUUCUCCAGCCAACUCAUAUGUACCGAAACGAUUAUUCUGGGUGAAAAUGGGCAUAGAAAUGCAUAUGUUUGUAAAAAUAUAACCUACAAAAACUGCAUUGUACUAAGGGAGAAUUGCUUUGCAAAAACAUAUAUGUUUAGGAAAAUAAACUAAUGAAUUUCCACGGGGACUUUUUUUAAAAAAAAUAUGCAAACUGAUGUAGAAAUUUGGGAAGCUGAACCAAAGACUGGAAAAAUUAGAAACUGAAAGAAACUGAAAUCAACAGAUUCACCCACUCCCUCUUCAGAGGUCUGUGGGAGGUUGUGGUGCAUUUCUCACUUGCCCCCAUGUGCUUGAGAAUUUUAUGCCCAGGGACAUCGUGCACCCUCAAAUUUGAAACUAAGAUCAAUGUGCUUUGUGAAGGUCACCCAAUGCCAGUGUGAUUCUGCACCCUGCAUAAGUUAUGUUUAGGUUCAAAAUCUGCACGGAAAUGCAAUUUGUUUUGUCUCUUCUCUCCAUGGGGAAGAGGGGAAAAAGAUCUCGUCUAAGUCCUGGGUAUUCUGUUCUUCACCCCCAUCUUUUGAGGUUUCAGCAGGCGUUGCCACAAACAAACUUAAAAUAUUUUUUUGCACUCUUAAGGGCUAGAAACUUGUUUCAUUUUUAAACAAUAAUAAUGAAAAGCUGAGAUUCCUAGAAUUCUCCUCCCCAUGCACCUCUCAAUAUGUUCUGGGAGUUCCCCAACCAUGUGGAGCAAAUUUAGGGGGCAUGUGGGGAGAGAAGAGGGAGGGGAAGUUCCAUUGCAGAACUGUUUAGUUGGAUGCUGUCCAAGAUUAUUAUUUUUUUUGAAAAAAGUAAGGAUAGCCUUCACUGAAUUGUAUUCUUGAGUGUCAUAGAAGCAUUAUGCACACAUAAUAUUCCCUUGUUCAGCAUUCCAAGUACCUCUGUCUCCAUUUUGUUACAGACCCACCUGCAGUUGGGCUCCCAGACACAGAGACAAAUGACUUCUGCCUCUAAUUAAAACAUUUGCCAUUUUCUUCUUCUAGAAUUUCACCAGUAUUACAACAAUCAAGGCCGCUUCCCAAACAGCAAAGUUCUUCUAUGUUUCGGGGAGGAGUUUCCAGAUGCUACCCCUUUACGCUAUAAGCUGAUCCUAGUUGAGGCAAGUAUUAUAGUCUGUCUUGGUAUCAGUUGUUUAUAUUAUCUCUGUGCCCCCAAGUUCUUCUCUGACUUGAGUUCUCUCAUUUAUAGUGCAAGACGAUCUUGUGACUUCCCAGUGUUAAAUUCAGGGAAGUUCCUCCUUUCCCACCCACAGUGUAGCAUCAACAAUCAAGUGCAGCACUUUCUUUUCUGUUUGUUUUUAAAGCAGGCAACCAAGAUACUAGUCCUCAUGUUUUGGGGAAAUUGUUUUAAAAUGUGCUUUAUGCUCAGGCUUGCCUGAUUUUGGUGUCAGUAAGGCAUUCUGUUCCCCUAAGUUUGGCAAGUGAACCUGAGGUGGCCUUCCCCUUCCCUUUAUGCAGGUAGGCCCCUUCACAGAGAGAGCUGUCUGCUCUCUAGAUGGCUUGGUGUGCCAAAACAUUUAUUUGAUACCAUUGGCCUGCUAAGCUGCUAGCUGCAGAGAACACAGAAGUGUCAUGUUCUCUUCCAUUAAGGCUUAAAAGUCUACAUGAGUUGAGCAAAGCCAGGAAAAGGGGAGAGAGGACUUUUAUGGAAGAAGUCUUUCCAGGCAUGGUGUGUGCUUCAUAGCUCUAUGUUCAAGCAUCCUUUUUUCUUUGCACUCCAGACCCACCAAAACCUGCUGGGGAAAAAAACCACACUCAGUCACAAAACUUUUAAGUGCAGCCUGGAAAGGGUGUGGAUAAGGAUGGAUAAGCCCUGUAUUCACAAGAAGGUUUCUCUCAUAAUAAUAAUCAUCAUCAUAUAGACAAGGCAGAUAGAUACAACCUCACAUUUGACAGCCUCUUUCAAGUAUUUCCUCUAUCAAGUACUGCAACAAAAAAAGAAAGAGACUACAGUAAGCCUGCAACUUACGCACAUUUAACUUGUGCAUGGUCAGCUUUUUGUACUUGGCAUUUUUUUUAAAACAACAACAACUAAAAAGGGAGUGGGCAUCCAGAAAACAAGGCUUUGGCAAUCCCACCUGCCAUUGCAUCCAAUGUGUUUUGACUAUACAUGAUUUUGGCUUUAGGUGCAAUCCUUGGAACAUAACCCCAGCACAAAUUGAGGGCUUAGUGUACAGAAUUGUUUAUCCUGUAAGAAGGAGAAUAUUUAUAAGAAAGAGAGUAGAGUAGGACUAGCACUGAAUAUUAACCCAGAGUAGUAUUCCACUGGUUGCCGGUUUUUCCCCCUGGCCAAAUUCAGGGUGUUCUCGUUAGUGUUCAGAGCCCUAAAUGACUCCAGCCCCAAAUACCUGAAAGACCGCCUCCUUCCCUUCAGACCACCUUGAGCACCAAGAUCAGCAGAGGGGUUCCUCUUGGUAGUUCUCUGCCCUCAGAGGCUUGGGUGUGGUGGCAGCAGUCCAGGAGGACCCAUUCUCUGUGGCAGCCUGUAAGUUGUGGAACUCCCCACAGACGUACACCUCACACCUUCCUUAUACACUUUCUGGCGAUUGCUGAAGGCACACUUCUUUGCAUGGGCUUUUGACACUUGAGGUGUAUAUUUUAAGGACCUGCCUUAUUUAUGUAAUUGCGAGUUGUUUUAAACUGCUUUUAAUAUUUUGUUGUCAUGUUGUGUUUUAAUGUUGUAAGCCGCCUUGGGGCCUUAUGGUGAAGGGCAGGAUAGCAAUAGUAAUAGUAACAACAACAACAACAACAAUAGUAUCCACAAUUGAGUAGGACCAUUCUGCUGCACAUUCAAUCCUUCAAAGGUGUCACUGCUCAAAAUAAGGAUUUCUGAUCUUCUCCCAACUUUAGAUUGAGCAGCUGCAUAUUCGUCAGUUGGUGGAGGAAGCUGGGAAGAGCGACAGCAACUCUUUGAUCCACCCAAUAGGCGAGGAGCUGCAUUAUGACCAGAUAUAUAGGAAUUUCCAGGAUUCUUGUGGACCACACCAAAGACCCAUUUUCCGAGAAAACCAGCAAAUCACUGUUUGAGAGAAUCCUGGGCAAAACAUUUGUUUUUUAAGGAUUCAAUUUAGAUCUAUUUUUGUAUCACCAUCAUCCAUUUAAUUUUUCCUUUUGGGAACAUUGUUCUGGGUUUAUACAUGUAGAUGUGUGUGUGUGUGUGUGUGUGUGUGUGUGUGUGUGAGAGAGAGAGAGAGAGAGAGAGAGAGAGUUUGUGACAUCUUGUUUCCCCAUAUGGAAUUUGACAUAAAAAAGGAAACAGUUAAACAUUCCUUUGGGCUUCUCAGCACUGUAACAUACAUCCAAAGUAGCUUUAAAACCAGUACUGGGGUAUUGCUGGAUGGCUUUGUUUUUGAAAGGAAAAAAGUGAGGUUGUGAUUCAGCAGCUUUGAUCCCAAAAGGACACAUACCAUGUUGAUUCAUUGGCCUCAGAACAGAGAGGGACAUCUGUAGGGCUGUUAUGCUGACUGGGUAAUGUGUUUCCUGAAGAGGAGGGGUGAUGCAAGCUCCAGCCACUGUAUCUCCCCCCCUUUGGUAUAAAUGUCUGCAUUUAGGGGAAUAUGGAAGUGUCCUCAAGAAACAUAUCUCCUUGUGUUGUUUAGUACUGGGCAUCUAGACGGAGCUGCUGUGUGUGUGUGUUCAGUGUACCUGGAAUGUAAACAAUAUAGAUAAAUAGAUGAUAGAGAUAGAUAUAGAUAGAUAGUUAUAGAUAGAUGAUAGAUAGAUAGAUAGAUAGAUAGAUAGAUGAUAGAUAAUUCAUGCACACACACGCACACACCCUGCAAGCCCCAGUGAAUGAGAGACGCUUCAGCUGCAGAGAUGGGCUUAUAUGAGCUUUGCAGAAAGGGACUCAAAGGGGUUGAUUCACAUGUGCAUGUCAAGUCAUCUGAUUUCUGUGCACUCAAUCACUGGCAGCUAAGCAUGUGAGCAGAGUCCACCGAAAAGUCUAGGGGUGAUGUGAAAAUGUUAUUGGUGGUGAUCUCCAAUAGCUUAUUCCCAUGCACUGGCGGAGGAAGGGGGGUGCGGUGGGUGCGGUCCACCCCAGGUGUCAUCCCUGAGGGGUGUGUGACAUCACUGCCCCCCCCGGGACGCUCGCCACUCACUGUGGGCGCCACCACCCUGGGAUGCUCACCCCAACCCCGUGGGCGGCCCUGCCCCUGGGUGCACAGCGUGUGCACCGCUCUGGGUGCUGGAGCAGCUAGCUCCACCUCUGUUCCCAUGUGCAAGUAAUUCUUUGAUGUUGCAGUCAUCAAGGUCUGCUCCCCUGCUCCCAAGACGCCCAUCUUUAGCUGUCUUGUGGCUGCUUUGCUCUCUUUAUAUUUUCAAUAUAUCCCGGUGAGAAUUCUGUGAUGACUUUGUUGACCAAGUGGCUUCUUACCUAUGCUAUUAAAAAACCACACCUAGCUAUACAUUUUUGCAUCUAUGUAAUAUAUUCCUGUGAAGUUUUAUUUUAGCUCGUAUUGCGUAGUUGUUUUUUGUGGUGGAGGGGGAAGGUAGAUUGUGCUAAGUCAUUUAAGAACUAAACAGAAUGCUGAACAUAUGAAACUUGUCUUAUAUGGAAUCAGAGUCAGACCAUGGGUCCAUCCCAGUUUUGUCUACACUGACUGGCAGCAGAUCUCCUGACAGGAGGUCUUCUUCCAGCCCUGCCUGAAGAUGAUGGGGGAUUGAAUCUGGAACCUUUUGCAUACAAAGCAGAUGCUCUAAAACUGAGCUGUGGUUCUUCCUGAUUUUGUUUUAUUCUUAAAGAGUAACGUGUACCUCACCCCCUUAAGCUAUAUUAACUAUGAAGGGUUUCUCAGUAAACAAAAUAUCCCAAGAGCGAAAUGUGAACAGCUCUACUUGGUGAGACCAGUAAGGUAAAGGUAAAGGGACCCCUGACCAUUAGGUCCAGUCGUGACCGACUCUGGGUUUGCGGCGCUCAUCUCGCUUUAUUAGCCGAGGGAGCCGGCGUACAGCUUCCGGGUCAUGUGGCCAGCAUGAGACCAGUAUCCUAGCUCAAAAGGUCAAGUGAUAGAUGCUUCAGAGCAGAGUUGGGGAAGUUUAUUCAGUCUGAGGGCCACAUGGGGGUGUCACAUGACAGCGGUAGCUGAGGCAGUGAAUGUGACUCUGUGCAGUUUCUAUGCACCGAUUCCUCCAGCCAAGCAAGUAGGAGAGAGGCAUUGCUACCAUUCUAGGACAAACUCCAGCAAGUCUUAACAGCUGGAAGGCAUGGAGAGGAGUGUGUGGCCUAGAGAGAGUCCCAAGGGCAAGACAGAGAGGUCCAGAGGGUCCCUGGGCCUGAGGUUCUCCACCUUUAAGAAGAAGAGCAGCAAUAUGUUCCUGGCUCUUUUCCAUCUGGGCAAAGUUUUGGAGGAUGCUGCUGUAUAUAUCUAUGUUAAUAGGAAAAGCAUAGAUGAGUGGGUCCAUAGGAGGGUGGUGCUGGUGGGGAUCCAGUAGGAUAUGCAUCAAUGAGGACCAACCGAAGGGUCCCAGAAUCAGAAGCUAUGUAAAUAUCUGUUUAUAGAGCUACAUCAGCCUGGGCUCUUAAGGAGCUAUUAGCAUACAUGCGCUUCAGAGAUCCCUUGUGAUUUCGAGCACACAGCUCUCCCAUCCAGUGGAGGGAGCAGUUUCGUGUGUGCCAAGAGGUGAAUGGGUGAGCACUGCAACUCAUUUGUGCACAUGGCUGUGUGGAUUGGGCAAUCUCUGUGUUUAUGCCGUGGUUGCAGCAGGAGGAAGGGGGUAAAUCUCUGUGUUACUUCUUGGUACAUCAGGGGUGUGACACAAUCACUAGGAGGGGGAGAGAAGCAGGAGUUAAUUGCUGCUUUUCUAGAGAGUUGCAUGUCUUGCUCUGAGCUUGGAGGUGGUAGUUGUGACCUCCCCCCGCCCCUGCAUUGUAAAUGGGGAAGAGGAAUGCGCAGUAAUCACAGGGGGGAAACACUUUAGAGUAUUGCAAAAACUACAGUGGUUAAAAUCCAAAGAUCAUUGAGGGACAACAUUCAUGUGUGCUAAAGCAUGUGUUCAGUGUAUGUACAGGUUAGGAGUGUGUACAAGCUAUCAUUAAUACAGACCCAGCCUGCUUGUGUGUAUGUGUGUGUGUGAGAGAGAGAGAGAGAGAGAGAAAGCAGUCAUGCAGAUGCAUUCAUUGUUUGAAAAGGGCAUUAUGCACAUUUUGCUGUCAGCUUAAAACCAAAGUGAUUGCUUUGAUUCUGUGCUACCACGUGCAUGAUGGAACACCCACGUGGAGCUCCUACCUUGUGCAAAGUCUUGUCCACUGAGGGCAGAAGUGUGCAGGGAAACUUGCGCUCAAAAGUGUGUGACUUUGUACCAUUGAUAACAAACACAGUACUUUGGAUCAGUCUGAAUGUCUCCAUCUAUAGUAGGCAAAAUAUUUAUUGUAAUUGCUUGUUUUAAAAUGUUUUGUGAUUGUGUACCAAAGGUACCUGCCAAUAAAUAUCUAUCUUUCGUAACCUCUUGUGUCUGCUUUCAAAUGGGUAAAUAAAUUUAGUCUCAUCU